AGAUCGAAAAAAAAGCAGAAACAUGGACGUCUAGCAGCCAUCUGGGGCUUAAACGCUGCGCUGGAUGCAUCGAAUGAUUUCCUCACGCUUUGCACUUCGUUCACGAGCAUGAUGAUGACCGCGCACGUUUAUCAAACCAAGUCGAUUGUCCCUUAUUUGGAAAAGCAAGCUCUAAAUAUCUGUGCGAAAAAGGGAGAUUUACUCGAGUUUCAAGAGCUUAAAGUCAUCGCCGCACUUUACGGGGGGAUAUUUUUUUCGCGAUGGUUGAGAGGAGAAAUCAUCAAAGCGAUUAGAAUCGGUUUUAUCACGAUGAGGAUGGCACAAACUAUGGACUCCGUGUUUCUCAAAUUGCUCAUACUACCGAGAUUAGCACACUUGCUCAUGAUCUCAUGUCGCCAUUCGGAAGUCGUGGCUCUGCUAAGAGAAUUGG